AUGGCUGAGUGGCAAGCCGACUCUUUCGUAUCGCAAGCACAACCGUCACUAGACAGUGUAGGAGGUGCUCACAGAGCCCUUCAGCACACUUCAGGCAAUGCACAGUCGUAUGCCGAUGGUGUGAUGAACGGGGAUGGGAGCAGUCAUGAUGGCCAUUUUCAACCGCUAGCUCUAAAAUAUCCUCCUGCUCCUGUUCCCUACAGUCAUCCGGUGUCGAGUACUAGUGUUCACGAUAGUCAUGUUCUGGCAGCACGCAUACAAGCAAAAAAGCUGCGACGACUUCAAUCCGCUUCUCAUCCUAUGUCUGCUAUGCGACCAAAGCGAAGCUACUUGAAAUCUCAGAAGUAUCUCGAGUACAGAGCACGACCGCGUCGUGAUACUGGAAAAGACGGCGAGCCCGUUUGGUCCGAUGCAUUGGAAGAUGCCUUUCAGCAAGCUCUGGAAGCAAAUCCUCCCAUGGGCCGUAGAAAGUGGUCUGAGCGCGGCAAAUCCUACGGACGAAACGAAUUAAUCGCCGAGUAUAUCUACAAGCUGACUGGGAAACGACGUACUAGAAAGCAAGUCUCUAGUCAUCUUCAAGUUCUAGACUCGUUCCUCAAGGGCGAUCCCGAAUGGGAAAGACUCGUCAGAGAAAAACCUGAUGCACCGAACACCCAACCUCCAACAACCACACCUCAGUACCGCAGUUCUAUUGAUCAUCAAAUUUCAAGAGGUCUCAAUGGCCAACAGUAUCCCGCCUGUCCUGAUUACAGUGCUGCUUCUCACACGUACAAUGGUGACUUGCCUACUCCCGUUACACUAGGUUCCAAUAUGUACGAUGCCACCUCGCACCUAGUUCAUGCUUUUAACUUCGACAUGUGGGUGAGUGCACCUCAGCAAGCCAAUCGCAUUGACAAGGCAUUGCAUGUCUAUACCCGCCUACAAGGUGAUCAGCAUCGACCUGUUGCUCUCCCUAUGCCAUUGGACAAUUUAAAUGGAUGGCGCACAUCUUUCCCUCACAUGUACUCUCUCGUGGAAGACGUUAAUAGCCCAUUGGAUUGCGACGUGAUACUACUAGAGGUCAAUUUGCAACUCAUGGGAGACUUCCCUCCUUCAGGAUCUCGCUUAGGAAUUCAGUUGGAUCUUGACUUUGGUCAUCCGACUAUGGGAGAUGUAUCUCUUGUAAGCCAAAUGGAAGACUGGACUUGCAGCACCUAUAUCUAUGAGGACGGGCAAAAGAUGUUGGAAACCUAUCAUGAUCUUCAAAAGGCAUCAUCAACAAAAAUCAAACCAUUAUUCGAGUCGUCGUGGUGGGCAAAGCUGUUCACUCAAUUGACCCAAGAGAAACAAAUGUCGGAGAACUCGGGCCGUCCAGGGGCCGUUCAGGAAGCUGAUGACCGCACCCGCCAAUUUUUCCGUUCUCUUUCGGCCGUUCAGGAGUUGAGGGCCAUCCCGUCUAGUCACCGUCGAAUGUCGAAUUUUUCCACUGGUAAUCAAGGAGACGAGAGCAAGCGAAUGGCUAUUCUGUUAUGGAAGUUUCGUCAGACUCGGCCUGGCGAAGUAGGGACCACAACUUGGAGGCGACUCAUUCCUCCUCCUGAGCGCACCAGUACAAACAGCCCUCGAGCUUCGGCUGGAAUUGACUUACCACCCAUCGCCUUGGAUUCUAUGGUUUCGUCCAAACCUCAGGACAAUGUUUACCAAUCGAACACACAUUCUAGCAUGAUCCAUCACCAUCUUCCCGCAGUGAAUCUCCAACAACAGUGGCCUGUAUAUGCCGAUCACACGGAUGGAGUCGCCCAAAUGUUCAAUACCCAGGGCCCAUAUGAUUUUCUGAACAAUAUGAGCAAGCCCGAAGACGGCUUGGUGGACAAACCUUCGGUCACAUCAGUGCUCGACUCUUUUGCUGGCCUCACACAGGAAACCACACAACCGGGCAGUGUCAAUGCGUCAAGUGCUAGCCAGGCCAUGUUCAAUGUCCACGACCUUCCUUUAACAUCUCAAUCACACUUACCUGGGUAUGGUCUUGGUGGUGAUAAUAACCACUACAUGUCUUCUCAACACAUCCAUGACAACAACAACAGUGUGUUAAAUUCGAUUUUUGGAACUAGCGCACCAUCUAUGCAUGAUAUUUCAAAUACACCAGCUCCUUUGUGGGAAACGCAGGGGGCAAACCUGCAUUCAGAUCUUGUCGCUGGUAGCUACGGCCAUAUGCAUUUCCCUACCAAUAGCCAUCAUCACCAUCACCAUCAACAACAGCAGCAGCAACAACAAAUCCCGGUAUCUCGGGAACAUCAAGGAAGCGGCUUAGAAGGGAUACUCCCCGCCGAUGACCUGAUUGACAAGCUAGUCAGUGGGGUAUCAACAAGCGGUCACAUGAAUGGUACAACUCCUGGAAAUGCACGAUACGCGGAUAAUAGCGCGGUCGAGGCGGUUUAA